GUGGUCGGUCUUGUAACCCUGAAGUACCUCCUUUCUGCACAUAAGCAACUCUCUACUACGCCUGUCGAAGCAAGACUGUUUGAGGCCAACAACGACAUAGGUGGUGUAUUCUGCACCCGAGUAUACGAGGAUGCCGAGCUCGUCUCUUUUAAAUACUUAACCACUUUCUCCGAUUUCCGACCUCACGAUAGCGACCCCGAUUUCCUAUCCGCAAAGAGAUAUCUUCAGUACCUGAAUGAUUACUGUGAGCACUUCAACCUGUCUCCAGCUAUCUACUUGGCAACGGUCGUGAUAGCCGUGAAACGACUAGAAACUGGUGUCCAUAUGGUUUCAUAUAGGUCCAAGGACGGCGUUGUUACGGAGUGGGCCUGUGAUGCGAUCGCAGUUUGCUCGGGCCUACACGUCACGCCUAGUAUUCCUUCUAUCGAUGGCAUAGAUCGAGUCCAGACAGUGAUACAUUCGGCGGAUUUCAAGGCUCGAUCUCAAUUUGGAGUGGAUAAGACGGUGGCUAUUCUAGGCCCUGGCGAGACCGGACUUGACAUUUCGUAUCUGGCAAUCACAUCCCCGACUAAGCGAGUUGUGCUGUGCCACCAUGAUGGCUUCUGUGCUGUUCCCAAGCAAGCUCCCGAACCCGUCAUGUUUCCAAUGUUUGGAGGCAGGUCGCAUCCCAAGCCAGAUCCGAACGUGCCUAUAGACACUGUCGUCGCCAGCUUAUUCGAUACCGCUUACGUUCAUCCUACGCUACGAGACAGCAAAGCUCACUGGAACUACUAUGAUAAUCAGCAGAAAACGUCUAUGUGGUUCAUGUCAGGGACUAGAGAAGGGCUUGAUCAAUGGGUUGGUGGCAUACCCGAACAACGCUACCAUGCCUCUAAGACGAGGCUAACUAAAAGUGCAUCAAGUCUUCUACACAAAGUCUAUCAAGGCAAUCCCUUAUAUCUCUGCACCAUAUCGGACAGCCCAAUCGUCCACCAUGUCGCAGAGAACCCGCUCCUGGAUCAUGCAAGUUCCAAUCGUCGACACAUCGAUCUUGCCCCCUGGCCAUCCCAUAUUAGCGAUCAUGGCCUGCUCCACUUUCAGGACAAUGGCCGUCCCGAGUAUCAGAGGAUGCGGGACGAGAAGGUCAAGCCAGAUGUUGUGAUACUCGCUACGGGCUAUAACCAAACUUUUCCCUUUUUCGAGACAGAAGGCUUCCAUGGUAGUUACCCAUCAGCUUCCGAUGCCGACGUCCGCGAAAUAUAG